GUGCGCGGCCUGCGGGGGCGGGGCCGCGGCUAUAAGGAGACGAUCCCGGGCGGCCUGGCGUGGCGGUUUGCUGCCUUCUGGGGUUUUGUCUCCGGGAGCUGUGUUCCCCGAGCUCCCUCGCUGCCGUCGGUGGGGGGGACUUUCCUCCCGACUCCUGCGCGACGUGGUGCGGCAGCGAGCGUCCGUUCUCGGCUCUUCCUCUCGAGGACCCAGGGACCCUCCGCAAGCAGAAGGCAGCCCUGCUGCUCCGUGGAGGAGUAGGAUCCUUUCGGCCAUGAAGCAUGUACUGAACCUCUACCUCUUGGGCGUGGUGCUGGCCCUGCUCUCCAUCUUCGUGAGAGUGAUGGAGUCGCUGGAAAGCUUAGUGGAGAGCCCGUCGGCCGGGAACGCCUGGAACACCAGAGGUCAACUGACCAGCACAGAACCUCCCAAGGGCCUCCCAGACCCCCCGUCCCGAGGGAUGCGAUAACACCCUGGUCCACGCCGGCUGUACCUGGGAACACUGACCUAAUACAACGGCCAGCGGACUGGCCCUUUGCUAGCCGGCAAGCUCAGAGUGCAGCCAACUGGGUGCUCCAGGCCCUGGAAAAGACCUGUUGAAUGUGCAGGGGUGAGCAGGUCGCCUGUGGCUAUGGGACGGAGUGGUCUCCUUUUCUCCCAUGGUCUGCUCUGUGCUUUGGAGUCCUCAGCAGUGGGCUGUGGACACCUGUGCUGCAACUCUAGCUGUUGGCGGAUGGUCACCUUUCUGGCCACACUUCCUAAGCAUCUGCUGGAGGUUCCUUUUCGACUUGUGGGUCUUUGGGGUCAGUUUGUUUGGUGUUCAGCCUCUUCCACGAGAGCUCCUCUGGGUGUAGAGAACAGUCAGCGGGGAGGGGGAGCGUGGAGCUCUCAUUGUUGUUCCUUGUCCAGUUCCCCCUCCAGCGUCUUGUGCAUGUGUGUGCACCUGAAGGGGGUGGUGGGGUGACAGGGCCUGCUCGGGACCUGAGCAUUAGUGGCCACCGUGUGGCUCAAAUGAAUUUUUCUAACGCAAUAAAGAUGAAUGUGCAUUUCCA